AUGUCUCGACCCGCCGAAACCUCAGCAACGAUGAACGAGUUGCUGCCUACCAGAUUCUGCUGGAACGAUCCAUCGGAGGUGUGCUUCCUAAUGGUGCAUUUGUCACUACUGCUAAGUUCUUUGGCUGCCAUUGGAGCAUCGUGGACGCGAGGAAGGUCGUCCAUAGCCGACGGAGCCGCACUCGCUAACGUCGACUCGCGACGCAAGGGCAAUUGUGGUGCCAAGAAAGUCCGCUCGGUAAUCGACAUCAAGAUGGCCAUCAAGGCUGUGCCACAUGAAGGUCGCCAAACCCUCUGCUCCACCGCAGUUUUGUCUGGCAUGCCGAAGAUUGCCAUUUUGCGGCACAUGAAGGAGGCCCACGGCCUCGCGGCGCGCACAAGUCACCUGAAGCCGUUGCUGACGGACAACAUGUUGGAACGGCUAUGGUUCGCAGUCAGCUUCGUUCAGCCUGGGUUACGAAGAAACCACUCCUUCAUCAACAUGUACAAAAAUGUACACGUUGAUGAGAAGUGGUUUUUCAUCACCAAGGUCAAGCGAAGGUUCUAUCUCUACGACGACGAAGAGAUGACAGAGUGA